CAGAGCCAGAGGUCCAGGGGUGGCCCAGCCCCUCGGAGCUGAGGAUGCUGCUUCUGUCCCUGCUGCUGCCCGUGCUGGGCGCGGGCUCCGAGCAGAAGCAUCCAGGUUACGACAUUCAGGUGCAGAAGUCAGUUUCAGUGCAGAGCGGCCUGUGUGUCUUCGUGCCCUGCACCUUCUCCCACCCCCGGGGCGGCUGGACAGACUCUACCCCAGCUUACGGCUACUGGUUCCGAGAAGGGACCGACUUAAGGACUGGUGCUCCAGUGGCCACAAACAACCCGAACCGAGAGGUGCAAACGUGUCCACGGGGCCGCUUCCAGCUCCUCGGGAACCCCCAGAACCAGAGCUGCUCCCUGCUGAUCAGAGAUGUCUGGCCGUUAGACGCGGGCAAAUACUUCUUUCGGGUGGAGAGAGGAAGCGACGUAAAUUAUAAUUUCAGGAAUGCGUUCUCUCUGGCAGUGACAGCCCUGACUCAGCAGCCAGAUGUCUACAUCCCGGAGACCCUGGAGCACGGGCAGCCAGCGACAGCCAUCUGUGUGUUUAACUGGGCCUCCGAGGAAUGUCCAGCCCCUUCUUUCUCCUGGACGGGGGCUGCCCUCUCCUCCCGAGGAUCCAGACCCGCCACCUCCCACUUCUCUGUGCUGAGCUUCACCCCGAAACGCCAGGACCACGACACCGACCUCACCUGCCGAGUGACCUUCCCCGGAAGUGGCGUGAGCACACAGAAGACUGUCCGACUCAGGGUGGCCUACGCCCCCAGAGCCCUGGUUGUCAGCAUUUCCACGGACAACGGGCCAGCCCAGAAGCCCCAGGGCACCGUCCCACUCGUGCAAGCCCAGAAAGGCCAGUUCCUGCGGCUCCUCUGCACUGCUGACAGCUGGCCCCCGCCCAUGCUGAGCUGGCUCCUGGGGGACAGAGUCCUGUCUUGGUCCCACCCCUGGGGAGCCAGAAACCUGGAGCUGGAGCUGCCCGGGGUGCGGGCUGGGGACUCAGGGCGCUACACCUGCCGAGCGGAGAACAGGCUUGGCUCCCAGAACCGCAGCCUGGAGCUCUCCGUGCAGUAUCCUCCAGAGAACCUGACGGUGCUGGUUUCCCAAGCAAACAGGACGGUCCUGCAAACCGUGGGGAAUGACACAUCCCUCCCGGUCCUGGAGGGCCAAAGCCUGCGCCUAGUCUGUGUCGCCCUGAGCAAUCCCCCGGCCAGGCUGAGCUGGACCCGGGAGAGCCAGACCCUGAGCCCGUCCCAGCCCUCAGAGCCUGGGGUCCUGGAGCUGCCCCGGGUCCAAACGGAGCACGAAGGAGAAUUCACCUGCUGCGCCCAGCAUGCCCUGGGCUCCCAGCGCGUCUCGCUGAGCCUCUCUGUGCACUACCCCCCGCAGCUGCUGGGCCCCUCCUGCUCCUGGGAGGCCGAGGGGCUGCGCUGCAGCUGCUGCUCCCGCGCCCAGCCCGCCCCCUCCCUGCGCUGGCGGCUGGGGGAGGGGCUGCGGGAGGGGACCGGCAGCCAGGGCUCCUUCUCGGACACCCCCAGCGCAGCCGGGCCCUGGGCCAACAGCUCCCUGAGCCUCCCAGGGCACCUCAGCUCCGGCCUCAGGCUCAGCUGCGAGGCCUGGAACGUGCACGGGACGCGGAGCGGCGCCGUCCUGCUGCUGCCAGGGAAGCCAGAGCCCAGGGGAGGAUUCGCACUGGGGGCCGUGGUGGGGGCCGGUGUUGCUGCCCUGCUGUCUCUCUGCUGCUGCCUGGCCUUGCUCAGGGUGAAGACCUGCAGGAAGGACGCACCCUCCGCCCUGGGUCCCCUCUCCCAGGGCGACAGAAAGGAGCCUCCUGGGGCCACCGCCACCUCGGAGGAGGAGCAGGAGCUCCAUUACGCCUCGCUCAGCUUCUGUGGGCUGAGGCCCCGGAGGUCUCAGGAGCAGGAGGCCAUCGGCUUCACCGAGUACUCAGAGAUCAAGACCUACGAGUGACAACCUGCGACCUCCAGUAGAGCCAGGGCGUCCCUGGGGAGGGAGAUGUCAGGGACAGUUCCCGAGUGACAGUUCUCCGUGUAAACAGGAGACCUGGUAGCCCGGGGAGUCUCACAGUGUCGUGAGGGCAGCACUGGGCUCGUAGGUCAGCCCCAGCCCCCAUCAGGAGCCUGAGUGUGAGCAAGUUGCUGUAGUCCUCAGUUUCCCGCUCUGUCAUGGGACACAACAGGCCUCAUUCGCAGGGCUCUGGUGGGGCAGGAAGGGGAUAAUCAACAGAAAGCUUCCGACACAGGCGUCUGUAGACAGCCCUCACCCGGCCACACCUCCUCCUGGAACGGCCCACUAGGUGUAAAAGUCUGACCAGCCAGGCCCACGUGGGGACGCUCUGCAGGGCAGUUGUGGCUUCACUCUGUCUCUGCCCACCUGCUUCCCUGCCCCGUCCCCGCUGGUCCCUGGGGCAUCAGACACCCUGCUGCUAGUAUGUCUCCCCGGGAACCCAACCUGUGUAUUCUACCACACACACACAAACCAUUCAUUGCUUAUCUGAUAUAAAUUAUAAGUAUCUAAAUGACACAGGUCUUUCUUUAAUUAUAUUUCCUUGAUGAUUUGCUUCUCCUUAAUAAUUUAA